AGAGAGAGAGAGAGAGAGACAUAGACCCUCUGAGGCUGUGCAGUGGAGCGUCGAGCAGAGAGAGGAAGAGGAGGAAGAGGAGGAUGACAGAGAGACAGAAACAGCCUGUCUCUCUUUCUCUGUUUUCUCUUCUCGUUGGAAUUCGAUCGUUCUUCAUUCCUCUUCAUCUCACAAAAGGUUCUUCUGGUUUGUCACCUCUCUCUUUCUCUCUCGCUGUCUCCCCCUUGUCUCUCUCUCUGGGUGAAUGAGGGAGGAACGAGUGAUGUGCCAAGCUGUCAGUCAUGUCGGACGCUCCGUUACCGGGUCCAGGAGACUACACCUAACGAGUUUCUUUUUCUGCUGAGACCCCCCCACUCUUUUCUGUUGGCUUGUUAAUUAUUCAUCCGUCACUCCAUCAUCUUUAUGUAACGGCGUCCUCCUGAAGAGAGAGACAGGGAGAGUGAGUGAGACAGGGAGGGAUGUUUGUGUCGGUGUGGUACGCUAAGAAGAUGGGAAGACGAUUCAUCAACAACGUGAGGCGAGCAAAGAGACACAGGCAGAGGAUGAUGAUGAACGGAUCAGAAGGAGAACUGGAGUAUGAAGAGAUCACUCUGGAGAGGGGUAACUCCGGUCUGGGCUUCAGCAUCGCAGGAGGAACCGAUAAUCCUCACAUCGGAGACGACCCGUCCAUCUUCAUCACUAAGAUCAUCCCGGGAGGAGCAGCCGCUCAGGAUGGACGCCUCAGGGUCAACGACAGCAUUGUGUUCGUUAACGACGUGGACGUGCGUGAGGUCACUCACUCCAUUGCCGUUGAGGCGCUGAAGGAGGCGGGACCUGUCGUCAGGCUGUACGUCCUGCGGCGACGCCCACCCAGCGAACGUGUCACACAGAUCAAACUGAUGAAAGGGCCUAAAGGUCUGGGCUUCAGUAUCGCGGGUGGAGCAGGGAACCAACACGUUCCCGGAGACAACAGCAUCUACGUCACCAAGAUCAUUGAGGGCGGAGCGGCGCACCGCGACGGACGGUUACAGAUUGGAGACAAGAUACUAGCUGUGAACCACGUCUCCCUGGAGGACGUCCUGCACGAGGAUGCCGUGGUUGCCCUGAAGAACACGGGGGAGGUGGUCUACCUGAAGGUGGCCACGCCCAACUCGCAGUACAUCCACCAGAGCGAUCGAUACAGCCCCCCUGACCUCACCAGCUCCUAUAUGGAGCCGGACUACAUGUGCGACUACCCCCAAGUCCUCCCUCCUCCGUCACCACGGAGAUACUCACCCAUACCCAGAGGCAUGAUGGGAGACGAUGACUAUUCUCGGGAGCCCCGCCGAGUCUGCGUCCAACGGGGCUCCACCGGUCUGGGGUUCAACAUCGUAGGGGGGGAGGACGGAGAGGGGAUCUUCAUCUCCUUCAUCCUGGCAGGAGGACCGGCAGACCUGAGUGGAGAGCUCAGAAAGGGAGACCAGAUCCUCAGUGUGAACGGUGUGGAUCUCAGGUAUGCGACUCAUGAACAAGCUGCAGCAGCUCUGAAGAACGCCGGGCAGACGGUCACCAUCGUGGCCCAGUACAGACCUGAAGAGUACAGUCGCUUUGAAGCAAAGAUCCACGACCUGAGAGAGCAGAUGAUGAACAGCUCCUCCGGGAGUCUAAGGACCAACCGCAGCUUUUAUCUCAGGGCGCUCUUCGACUACGACAAGCAGUGGGACUGCGGCGUCCUGUCUCAGGCUCUGGACUUUAACUUUGGGGAGGUUCUCCACGUGAUGGACAGCAGCGAUGACGAGUGGUGGCAGGCCCGACGGGUGAACCAGCAGGGGGAGCUAGAGGAGCUCGGUUUUAUCCCCUCCAAGCACAGGGUGGAGAGGAAAGAGUGGUCCAGGAUGAAGAGCAACGGGAGAGAAGGCUUCGUUCACAGCUACGAGCUCAUCACUCAGAUUGAAGUCGACUACGCUCGUCCUGUCAUCAUUCUGGGUCCGACCAAAGACCGAGUCAACGAUGACCUGCUCUCAGAGUUCCCAGACAAGUUUGGCUCCUGCGUCCCCCACACCACCCGCCCACGCAGGGACUACGAGGCGGACGGGCGGGACUAUCACUUUGUGUCGUCACGGGAACAGAUGGAGCGGGACAUCCAGUCCCACCGCUUCAUAGAGGCGGGGCAGUACAACAACCACCUGUACGGGACGUCGGUGCAGAGCGUCCGACAGGUGGCCGAGCAGGGGAAACACUGCAUCCUGGACGUGUCGGCCAACGCCGUCAGGAGGCUGCAGGCGGCUCAGCUCCAACCCAUCGCCAUCUUCAUCCGCCCUCGAUCCCUGGAGAACAUCCUGGAUCUGAACAAGCGUCUCUCAGAGGAUCAGGCGAGGAAAGCUCUGGAUCGAGCCAUGAAACUGGAACAAGACUUUCUUGAGUGUUUCUCAGCCAUCGUGCACGGCGACAGCUUCGAGGAGGUGUACCACCUGGUCAAAGCCGUCAUCGAGGAGCAGAGUGGCCCGUACAUCUGGGUUCCUGCUCGGGACAGACUCUGAUUGCACAGCGAUGGGCGCCGUCUCAUUAGAAACAUCCUCCUCAUGCUUCUCUUCCUCAUGCCCCUCCUCUUCCUCCACAUGCUCAUUAUCAUGCUUCUUCUCUCCUUCCUCCUGCUCCUCCUCCUGAUGCUCCUCUUCGUCAUACUCCUCCUGUAUCAUGCUCUUCCUCAUACUCCUCAUGCUCCUCCUGCUCUCAGUGGUGUCCCCUGGUGGAGAGCAGGAGAGGGUUUGUCUUCUUACAGUUUUCUUAUCUUCCAUGAGAUGGCGACCAAGCGUUUGAUUGGAUGGAUGCUAUAGCUUCUUGAAGGAGAGGGCACCUGUCUGUCUCUCCACCUGUCUGCCUCUGUACCUGUCUGUCUGCGUCAGAGGACACUAUGGAGAGAGACGGAUGGUCAAUUACUUGAUUGAUUCUGUAUUAUCAUUCAAUAAUGCAUCGGGAUUGUAAAGUUCAGUUGGUAAUGAAGUAUUUAUAAUAUCCUAUUUAUUUAAUGAUUUAUCUAUUUAUUUAUUUAUGUGACGUGAAAGUGGUGUGAGCGUGUGAGCGUGUGAGUGUGUGAGCGUGUGAGUGUGUGAGUGUGUGAGUGUGUGUAGUGUACAUAAAGACUUGUGUGACUGUAAAUAAAACUAUGGGGCUCAAACACAGUCUAUUCAGGGCUUAAAGUAUCAAACACUAAACUACGAUACCUACAAUCCCCUUCUGAACGCACCCCGCCCCCCUGCCUGGACUACAAACCCCACAAUCCUCUGUUGCAGGAGACAGACGAGGCGAACCUGAAACUAAACACACGCUUUAGAGCCGAUGGACUACAUUACCCAGAGUUUCCAGUGACUAAACCACAGAACCACCCAGCUACAGAUCUGUCUACCCACAAUCCCUGGGGAUGGGUCUCUUUCCCACCAGUCCCCAUGAUCCCUUGACCAGAAAGCUCAAAAAACCCUCUGAGGGGUCAGGCUGUGAGAGGAUGUGGGGAUGGGGGGGGCUGUCCGGACUCCAUUACCCACAAUGCUUGUGAAUUAGUUUUUGAUGUUCUAAAUUUCAGGGUCAUUUGAACAGUUAAUUAUUCAAACAAAAAACCCUGGUUUAUCAUCUCUCAGACACCGGGUUUAGGGGGAGGGGCUCUUUUCUUUCUGAGUACUGACAGAAACACUUUAUUAGACUUAUAUAUCGGGAUAUUUAUUACCCUGUGACACACACACACAGCAGGCUGUCCGAUAUGUUGUAUAAUUAGCUCUAAAUGAAAUUAAAAUAUUGAAAUAAAUUCCUUAUAAAACCUG